GGCAAGAAAUGGCGACGACGACGAUGCAGUCCGUAUCCCACCUUGAUUCUCACGGUGCACAUCUUCGUGCCAGCCUCUGGAGCCGCCUUGGGACCCGAGCCGACCCGGCUGGUGAUGUCGUCGAUAUCUACCUUUGACGGCAAGAUUGAUCCACACUCGGCCGUCAAUUGGGCUGCAGAGGUCAUUGGCAGUUUCUUUAGAAAGCACUCAGCGGUCCAUCUGCAGCUGGUGCUGAUCGACCCCGACCAAGUGGUAGUGGACUUGUUCAAGAAGACUCUCCGGUCUUCUGGCGAGCGCUUUGCCGCCUUCCGCGGCGACACUGCUCGGCCCAAGACCGACUUCCAUAUCCGCAGCAACAUGAUGGUCGUCGAGACGACGUGGCGCCUCAAGGGCGAGAGUACCCGCGUGGGUCGCAGCCUGAUUACUGCUGGCAAUGCCUCGCUGUUCACCGACGCCAAGCGCAAGGACAACUCGCCUCUGGCUGUCGGCGAUGUGCGGCUGUGCUCUGUCCCGAGGGAUGCGGUGCUCUACACCCAGGAGGGCAUCGAAAGCAUCAUUUUUGCUGUCGGCCCAAACAACAACCUGAACCGACCGGACUACACCAACGACCCUGCCCUGCACAAGGCCCAGCUCCAGCAGUGCUACAGCCGGAUACUCGAGCGCUGGGCCGAGGCGUCGUUUGAUUCGAGCUAGAGGCGGACAUGAGACGGAAGAAUGGCGACUGGUCCAAAUACAGUAUGCUCAGAGCGAAGCGGGACAGUGUAUCCCUGGGUGUCCUCCGCAUCAACCCGCUGCAUGCUGCAGGUUGGGUGAGCAUGGUCUUUAAUACACCUGCCCCGUUUUCGACUU